AAUAAAUGUAUAUAUGUAUAAUACGUCAAUAAUUAAAAUUCUCAACACUAAUGAGUAAUGACCAUAAUUUGUUCAAGAUAGUUUUAAUAUCUAAUAUAUUAUAUUAUAAAUAUUAUAUCUACUAUCAUUUCUCCAUUAGAUAUAGUAUAAAAGUAAGUACCUAUUUGUGAUAAUUAAAUUAUUAUUAUUUUAUUACUCGCAUUAUUCAUUAGUAUAACUAGUAUAAGGUAAUUAUAUAAUUAAAUAUUAUGAUCAACGAUAAUAGUGCAUAUCAAAAUGGGAAGACAUCAAAAUUAUUGUCAUUCUGUAAAACUGUCCACACCAGUAACAACUUACAUUCUAAUUGAAUUUUUAUUGUGGUUUAAUUUUUUUUUAUUUAACGUUAAAAUGGAUCAACUUAAAAAACGUACUCGUCAACCAUCGAAAAAGUUAUCAACUAAAAAGAAAUUGAGUAAUCGAGUGAUGAAUUUUCUAGGAAUUCAAAACAAAACCAAUCCCAAUCCAGAGGUCGUAGAAUCUGUUGUGAAACCUUUUUUCUUGGGUGAUGACAAUCAACUACCAUGCACAUCAAGGGAAACAAUUAGUCAAAAUCCAGAGCUCGUAAAAUCUGUUGAGGCACCUUUUUUCUUAGGUGCUGACAAUCAACUACCAUGCACAUCAAGGGAAACAAUUAGGCAUAAUCCUCGGCUGGCCGCCGACUACCAGUAGUGGGCGUGGUUAAAACGUCGCGUGCUUGCGGAUCACGAAAACACCUAACAGCGCGUUCUCUCGGACGUUGUAUGCGUUUCACUUUUAGUGUGACGGCCUCUUAAG